AACCGCGUUCAGUCACUGUUGGAUGUUCAUAGAGAACGGUCGCGUCACUUGUUGAAAAAAAAAUCUCGCGCACAGUUUUAAAUAUUUGUGUGUCAAUAAACUUUUGAAGUUACUCUGUGAGUGAGACAGUGCUAGUGAUUCUUCCUAAAGGAUAUUUACUUCUCCACCCUGGAUUUCAAUUUUGAUGAGGCGGUGUGCGUGAUGCGCGCGCCAGGUGCGGGCGGCGUGUCGUGCGCCGGCGUGCCGCGGUGGUCGCACUCGGCGCCCGCGCACCAGGCCGACUACGACAACGCGCCCGCUCACACGCACCCCGUGUUCCUGCACGAUGAUCAUAUUAACAGCCGGUUUGCGAUAUGGCAAGGCGACAUAUCGUCCCUGGAGGUGGACGCGAUCACCAACACCACUGACGAGACCCUGACGCAAUGCAACGCAGUCAACGAGCGCAUCCUGCAAGUGGCAGGACCUGAGCUCAAGGAGGAAAUCAUCACUAGGGGAUAUGAAUGCCGCACGGGCGAGGUAGUCCUGACCCCCGGGUUCGGUCUGCGCUGCCGACACAUCAUCCACACCGUCAGCCCCAAGUACGUGGCGAAGUACCACACGGCCGCUGAUACUUCGCUGCAUAACUGUUACAGAAACGUGUUGUGCAAAGCGAGUGAGAUCGGUGCACGCUCCCUGGCGCUGUGCCUCAUCAGCGCGCCGCACGCGCAGUUCCCGCCAGACCUCGCCGCGCACGUCGCGCUGCGCACGAUCCGCCGCCACCUAGAGCAGCAGCGCACACCCUCGCUAGUGAUCCUGGCGUCUUCCUGCGCUCCGGACGUAGCACUACUAUGUGCUCUAGCACCGCUGUACUUCCCGCGGUCGGCGCGCGAGGCGGACGCGGCGCGCUGGCGGCUGCCCGACGAGCCGGCGCUGCAUGAUCGCCGCAUCAGGAUUAUACAUAACCCGCACUCGCACAAUUCUGAUACCGCCGAAGAUGACACAUCAACAUACGAUGAAGAAGCAGCAGUCGAGGCAGCCGCAGCGUUCGCCCGCGCAUGUGCACCUGACACGCAGCGCCUGCUCGCGCCCAACAACGCGAGGCCGCCAUACGAGAGGAGACCGCGCAUCGACAACCAUGACCAAUAUGAGCGUCUUCUCCGGCGCGCGCGCACAGAGGACUUGAGCGAGAUCUCAGGCAUCGGCUGUUUGUACCAGAGUGGUGUCGACCGCCUCGGGAGACCCGUCGUCGUGUUUAUAGGGAAGUGGUUCCCUAUUGGUGAUAUCGAUUUGGACAAGGCGCUGUUAUACCUGAUCAAGCUCCUGGACCCCAUCGUGCGCGGCGACUACGUCAUCGCCUACUUCCACACGCUCGCAUCUUCCGCCAACCACCCUCCCUUCUCCUGGCUCAAGGAGGUGUACACCGUGCUGCCUUACAAAUAUAAGAAGAACCUGAAAGCAUUCUACAUCGUACAUCCCACAUUCUGGACAAAGAUGAUGACCUGGUGGUUCACAACGUUCAUGGCGCCGGCUAUCAAGGCGAAGGUACACAACUUGCCCGGCGUGGAGUACCUGUACUCUGUGAUGGCGCGCGAUCAGCUCGACGUGCCUGCCUUCGUUACUGAGUAUGAUAUGACGAUAAAUGGUCUCCAUUACUUCCAACCGGAUACGAACAACACGUAAGACGCAGCAGACGUUCCUUAGCUAUACAUUUUGAUUGUUAUAACAUGUUCCGGGCCUGUUGCCAACCUAUCUCUGUGUUUCUAUAUAAGAGGACGCUUUCAAACAUUGGUUAGUGUAUCUCACGCUUUUCAAUGACAUGCUGGUCUCAGCAACAUUUGUAGUUUUACAAAGGUUCCUGGGCAAACAGCUGUUUCAGAUUUGUCUUAGGACAUUACGUCGCAAUUUUUACAGUUUUAUUCUAAGCGUGCGCCGACUAAAAGUAGUUUAUGAACAUCAUCAAAAUCGGCGGUAAAUAAAUUUUGCUUGAAUUUUAUAAUCGAUUAGUAGAAUUCCACAAAGAUAUGCUGGCAACAUUGCAAUUUAAAUUCGAGUGACCGUUUGGAAUCGGACCAAUGGACGGCGCGAUACAAAUCAUUGGUGAUUAUCAAAAUUGGUGAUUCGUCUUUUUGAUAAGGCCACUGUUAUAGUCAUUUUGUGGGUUAUUUAUUCAAUGUUCGAUAAAAACUUAUUUAAAACGAAUCUCUUGGACUAAAUUGUGCAAAUAAUAAAUAAGUCAUUCUGAUUAUUUAAUACUGUUGUGUCGAAAGUAUAUGGCGUAAGAAAAAUUGUAAUUUGAGUAAUGAUAAUUACAGAUUCCUAUCAGUGACAUAUCAGAUAACUGUUGGGUCCAGAAAUUCGAAAGAUCGUAAGACUUAGAUGUAGAAUACGCCAAGAAUAAAGGUAUAAUGACUGUUGAUCAGAAAUAACCCAUCUUAUUAAACUAAUUGACCAAAGAACUUGCGUGUAAAUUGAACUUUAGCUAAAAUAUCAAACAUUGAAUAAAUCCUACAAAAAGUUAAAAUUGUUGAGAAUAUAUCUUGUAAUCUAGUAUUAGCGGUGCAUUUUAUAUUAUUUAAUUGUAAUGAUUAAUAUAAGACAUAUUAUCGAUCGUUAGAUGUUCUUAUUAACUGUAUUUUUAUCUCUUGCAACCCCGAUAUAUCUAUACCACCUAUAAAGAAUGGUACUUAGAUUUUUUAUAUGUUAUCUGUGUAUUUAGUUGUGGAAGGUAUGUGUGCUAUUUUUUGUAUAAUGUACUAUAUUUUCAUAUAAAAAUAAUAGAUUAAACAGACAUUUUAUUGAUGUAACCUUUCUACUUAAUAAUGUUAAAGCUUACUGUGCUCACGAGUGAUUAUUGGGUGAUAAGAUUCCAUGCAGUGAAAGAUUCUGUUAUUCUUAUAGAUGGUAACCCUGGUCUUGACAGAAUGAGUGAAAUAAGGAUUGGCCUAGUGAGGUAGGUAGUCGAAGGUACAGUGUUGUCCUAUUCUUCAGAUGGAAACUUCCACUUGCAGAGUAAGCUUAUCUGCUCUUACAUACUUAAUAGAUAUUAUGCCUUAUUAUCACAAAUUAUUUUGACUACUGAUCGUUGUGACACGCGGCCCCCAUUUCUCUGUAACUUCACUGUUCAAGCGACAGGGUAUUUGUUUAGCGAGUAGCAAAGGAAAUGUUAUUUUUAAUAAAAUAAAUAUCUUGUACCACGUA